UCACCCCUUACCACCCGCGCAGAUAAUCUCCCCAGUUCGCUCCAUCACCGACGAGAAUCGAGCUCGCUCCCUAGGGUUUCUGAUCGCACCAAACCAACCAUGGCGAACCCCGCUAAGUCGGAGGGGCUUCGGAACCUCAGCGAAGUCGUUGGUUUCAAGAGCAGGAUCGGCCGGAUUCUGACAUCAGUCCGCAGAUUCGUCGUCGAUUCCGCCAUCCUCGAGUCCCUCGGGGGCAAUAAUGGAAAGAAGACGGCAACUAAGUUAAUGUACGAAGGCAUGAAAGACCGAGCGCUUUGUCCCUCACUUAAUGACGGUAACAGACCUGGAGAUCUCAAAGUGGGGCUGACUAAUAUAAAUGAAAUCGUGGAGAAAAGGCAAGAAGGAUCGAAUAAAGUGGGCCAAGAACAUGAGAGGUCGGCUAAAUCUGUUAUAGGGUUGGAAGUUUCGAAGAAGACGCCAAAUGAAGUACCCAAACUGAUGGAUCUCCCGAGAGCCACAGAAAAGAGACUCUUUAUUCGCUCGAGAUUAUGAAAUGGUAUUUAUACCAAGUAAUGGGGUCGGGGAGAUUUUCAAGGGGUUGAUAAUGCUUGUUGCCCAUCAUGCUGUAUCGGAUCGUUUCGCUGUGAAUUUUUCUGUAUGUUUGUAUUUUCUUAUCUUCUUUAGCAGAUGGCAUAUACACGCGUAAACAUUGCCCUUAGCAAGGAAGGAGAUCCUCUA